UACACUCGAAAACAAGAUGGCGAGUCCCGAGGAACCCGCGGAAAAAGAAAAGAUAAGAAGCAAAAAGAUAUUUUUAAAUCACCUCGACAGUUUUCAGGGAAAAAAUAUCGGAAAGUAUCUUUCGCGGUGUGUAGUUGGUGCAAGUUUAGAGGAAGUAGAGGAGGAAGAUAACCAGUCCCAAACAUCGCUGUUUGAGAAAACAAAAGAAGGCUGCUAUGAAAUCGUCGGCACACUCAAAGAUAAGGAAAAACCUAAACCUGACUUUGCUAAGGAAAUCAUUACAUUUGAAAACAAGGAUCAAUUGUAUGAAUACAUUGUGGAAUGUGACAUUAUCAUUUAUGACAUAACAGAAGACCCAGAUCAAAUUGAUGAAGCUGUUUGGGCAAUUUCAGAGUUGAACUCUGAUCUGGAUAAAAUAGAAAAGUCCAAGAUGUUCAUCCUUAUAUCCACUUGUAUGACCUGGGCUAAAAGUAAACCAUUGGAUCCUGAAGAUCCUGAAAUUCCAUUUACUGAGGAUGAUUACAGGCGAAGAAAACCACAUCCUAAUUUCAAAGAACACAUUAGUGCUGAAAAAACUGUGAUCAAGCUGGGCAAAACAAAUAAGACCAAACUUGUGACUUAUGUAGUUUGCUCUGGCUUGGCAUAUGGUGCAGAGGAAAAUAUUUUUCAUUACCUGUUCAAGUCUGCAUGGCACAAUGCUGCACAAUUGCAAUGUUUUGGAGAUGGAAAAAACAUUGUACCCACUAUUCAUAUAAAAGAUCUUGCUGCAAUAAUUCAAAACAUAGCAGACGCCAGGCCAAAAGUGAGGUAUAUAAUUGCUAAGGAUGAGGCCCAAAGCACCUUGGAAGACAUUGUGAAGACAGUGAGUACCAGCCUUGGAUCAGGGAAAAUAAAACACAUAACCAAGGAAGAAGCUUUGCUUAGCAAAGAUAUUGAGCAAGCAGACUUUGACAUGCUACUUGUGAACCUGCGCAUGGAUGCUGUGUUUGUGAAAGAGAGCAUGCGGCUGAACUGGGUCUCUGAAGCUGGUUUGAUAGAGAACAUCAACAGCAUUAUAAAGGAAUACAAGGACACCAGAAGUCUGCAGCCCCUCCGUGCAGUUGUCCUAGGACCACCUGCAUCUGGCAAAACAACCGUUGCAAAACAGCUGUGUGAAAUAUUCAAACUUCACCACAUUUUGAUAAAGGAUGUUAUUGAGGAGGAGUUGCAGAAUUUGAAAAAUAAAGCUAACCGCGCCAACACAGAGGACACUGAAGAGGAUGAUAACAGCGCACAGGAAGCGCAAGAUUUGCUGGACCAAAUCAAUGAGAGCAAAGAAAACAACAACGGCCGCAUUGAGGACCAGUUUGUGAUCAGAUUCCUCAAAGACAAACUCAAGUCGAUGCCUUGUCAGAAUCAGGGCUUUGUGUUGGAUGGCUUUCCCAAAACAAUUGCUCAGGCCAAGGAGCUGUUUUCAAAUGAAGAAGAAGAGGAGGAUGGAGGUGAAGGCGGGUCUGUGAACUACAACAAACAAAUCAUGCCAGAGUUUGUCAUCAGCCUGGAGUCCACAGACGACUUCCUCAAGCAGCGCGUCAUGAACCUGCCAGAGGCUGUGGUGGCUAACACCCACAACACAGAGAAGGAGUUGAUGAGGCGCUUGGCAGAUUACAGGGGCAUCAACACUGAUGAUGACACUGUGCUCAAUUAUUUCGAUGAGCUUGAAUUCCACCCAGAGAAAAUAGAUGUAACUAAAGACACCUCUGAGAUGAUGAGAGAGACAGUAGAAAGGAUAAAAAAAAUCUUUGGAUCACCCAGAAAUUAUGGUCCAACACCUGAGGAACUAGAAGAGAUGAAGAGGGUUGAAGAAGAAACUAGGGAGAAGAGAGAAAUGGAAGAAAAGGAAGAAAAAGCAAAGAGAGAGGCAGAGGAGCUUGCAGAAAGGAGGAGUAGGCAGGAAGAAUGGUCUCAGCGACUGAGUGAAGUCAAAAGAGAAGAAUAUGAACUCCUAGAAGCUCAGUCUAUUCCCUUACGUAAUUACCUGAUGAAACAUGUCAUGCCCACAUUAACUCAAGGGCUAAUUGACUGCUGUAAGACUCGGCCAGAAGAUCCCAUAGAUUACCUGGCAGAGUUCCUAUUUCAACACAAUCCCCAAAUUGAUUAGAGUUACUUCCCAUCCUCUACAUCUUCUAGGCAAAACAUCUGAGUAGAUUUAUCUUGUCGAAGAAAACAGUAUUUAAUAAUUUUUAAAUCAUACAAUUUUGUUUCAAAUUCCAUUUUAAGGCAUAUCAUUAUUUUCAUACCCAGUUCGAUAAAAACAGAUGCAUAUUUAUUUUUAAAAUUAGGAAUUUAAUUUAACUACAGUCACUUUCAAUUUUCCUAAAUGAUUCUUUUAAUAUAAUAUUUUAUGAAAUCAGAAGUUUAUAUGCUCUUUCAUUAUUAUUAGAUAGCAAUGAUACAAGUUUAUUCUAAACAUGUUAUUUUACAGUCAGUAAUAUUCAUCCACCUGUGAUAUAAAUUAAAAAAUACAUCAGAUUAAUACACCUUUUGAAAUAUUUUUCUUUUCAAGUUGUUUCCAAAUGUUACAAGUACUACUUGCAAUUGUACUGAAUAAGAUAGUAAUCAAAUUAGUAAAUGUCUUGUUUGUAUUAUAGAUGGCUACUCAUAUUAACUUUAACAAUAGUUAAAUAAUGUUUUAAAAAUAUGUAGGCCUGUAAUACAAGUACAUUUUU